GUGAAUGAGCUCUCGGAACGUUUGAGUGAAACUACAGAAGAACUUUCGUUGGCCAAUGCUCGUGUAGCAGAUCGCGAAAAUGUGCUAGCUACUGCAACAUCGGAGCGUACUGCUCUCAGUCGUGCCAUGGAGCAAAAUGCCGCCCUCAAAGACCAACUCACUCACCUACAAAAUGCUCUGGCCAUUUCAAAACAGGCUAAUGAGGAAGCCGACGCUGAACUUGCUGAAUUACGUUCAAAGACAAAUGAAGAGAAACAGAUAGUGGCUCAUGUUUCUGACUCUAAUCAGCAAGCAGCUCCAUCUUUCGUUUUGUGUGAUGACGAAAAAAAGAGGUUGGAGUCAGCUUUGGAAAUUGAAAGAAAAAUUGCCAGUGAUGCCCAUUUGAAGAUUGCUCUACUUGAAACCGAAAUUGCCGAUUUACGGCUAAAAUCUGUAAGUUAA